CUCUUCAUGUAUUUGGUAGUAGUAGGCGCACCUAAGCUGGAAGCACACCAACCACAAAAUAUAUAGAAUAAUGUACAGUCGAAUACCAUCAAAAUCUCUCACGAUUCAAUCUACCUCUUUGAUUGCAGAUGGGGAAUCUACAGUUGGGUUUGGCGAUUGGAACCGUGGGCGCCCUGCUUUACUUCCUAAGGCCAAAAGACCCCAUCUUCCAAGUAAUGUCAAUUCACUUGAAAGGCUUCAAACUUAGGUUCUGCACAAUCUCUGGUUUGCCGGCCGCAGUCAUUGAUGUGGAGCUCACCAUUAACAUCAAAGUCACAAAUCCAAACGCAGCGCCAAUUGAAUACAAAAGCACAAUUAUGGACAUCUAUUACAACAAUUCCCUGCUCGCUCAAGCACAGGUGCCUGCGGGGAGUCAAGGGGCUAAUUCAUGUGAGAUUAUGGAGGUGCCUGCUAAAAUGGACGGCCUGCAGGUGACUCAGCAUUUGAAGCACCUAAUCGGAGACAUUGCGGCACGAGAGAUGAGUUUGAGGGCUGUGGUGACCAUUAAUGGCAGCGCUUGGCUUUGGAAAUGGGGACGCGCCUUUCAGGUUCAAGUCCAUGCCCACAUCAAAGUUGAUCCCCUGCUUUUAGAUGUCAUUGAGCAGGAGAACAAGGUGCAUUUGCAACUUUAGCACCUCUUUCUGUUUUUGCUGAAAUCUCAUGUUGUUUCUGGUAAUUACCUUUCUCUUGGCCAAGUGAAACUCAUUGCCAAACAGGAAGAAUUCUUGUAUAUUGUAAAGAAUAAUAAUUUUUUUAAUCUAUUGACAGUAAUUUGUUGCCAAAA